AUGGCGGGAGAAGGAUGUGCCGGAAUUCUGUACAACGACAAACUAUUUUCUUGUAAACUCCUAAAGUGUCAUCUAAAUCAAAGAUCUGUUAACAGGACACGUGUUGAAGUUGGAUGGGAAUUUUGGUCCAAAAAUACAAUUUGCCCCAUUGGCUGGGAACCUUUUGAAGGCCGAUGCUAUUUUCCGAGCAAGACUAAGAAAACCUGGAACGAUUCCAAGGAAGAAUGCGAACAAUAUGGAGCCCCUCUUGUUGAGAUAGCCACACCUGCAGAAAAUACAUGGCUCAUGGAAGCUUUUCUUCCUCCCUGGAGUGAUGUCGAUUGUUCUCCAUGGCAUACAUGCUGUAAAUGCUGGAUUGGGGCAACAGACAUGGAUAGCGAAGGGGUUUUUACUUGGAAUCGCCAUACAAACAUCACGUUUUCAACCUGGUACCCUUCCGAGCCAAGUAACAGUUGGGGUAAUGAGCAUUGUGUCUCGUUGUGUCGAAAUGGACUCUGGAAUGACAGUGGAUGUAAGGCCAAUAAUACUUUUAUUUGUGAAAAGGAGUAA